AUGAGCCAGCUGGUCGGCGACUCUCUACUUCCCGAAGGCCCCCGGAAACAGCACAUAUGGCCAGGUGAACACCGCAUCGGCCAGCGUACGAUUUGGGUCGAUGAUCUACCCAAGCAAGACGACGCACAGGUGUGGGACGGCUCCUUCGAUGUUGAGAAAAGACAGUCUUGGAUCAGUCGAGGGUCCGAUCCUUGGUCAGAGGAUUUCGAUGUCGAAGAUGAGAAGAGCAAAUGGAAACAACCACCCACCAAGGCCCAGCUUGCCCAGGCUGAACCGUCGCUCGUCUCUAUCGACAUCCUCAAGCAUGACUUUCCGGGGUACGGCACAUCUGAAGAACCAUACCUGGUCGAGUGGGUCGAGAACGAUCCCGCCAACCCCAUGAAGUUUUCCAACUCUAAGAAAUGGGCGAACUCCAUGAUCCUUGCGUUUGCAGUGUUCAUUGUCUCCAUCGCUUCAUCCGGCUUCUCACAAGGAACAAGCCAGAUUAAAGCCGAGUUCAACGUCGGUCAGACGGUAGCCCUCCUCCUCACAUCCCUUUUCGUCCUUGGCUUCGCAGUCGGGGCCCUCGUCCUAUCUCCACUCAGCGAGGUAUACGAACGUCGCGAGCUCUACGUCUGGACGUUCCUCACCUUUGUCACGUUUUCAGGUGCUACCGGCCUAGUACCCUCCAUUGCCCCAGUGCUGAUAUUUCGAUUCUUGGGCGGCAUCGCCGGUUCCUUCACCCAGGCCGUGGCGCCGGCCGUCAUCGCCGACAUGUUCGAGAGCCAGGAGCGCGGACUCGUGCUCAGCAUCAUCACCCUCGCCGGCCUAAUGGGGCAGAUGCUUGGCCCCAUCGCGUGCGGGUUCCUUGUGGCCGCCUACGGCUGGCGCUCCCUCGCCGUCCUCAUCGUUGGCGCCGCGUUCCCGACCUGGUGCGUGCUCUUCUUCACCUUCCCGGAGACCUACUCCGCCGUGCUGCUCCAGCGUCGCGCCGCCAAGCUCGCCAAGAUCGCCGGCAUGUCGCACGCCGUCGCCGGCGCACAGGAGCCCAAGACCAUCGGCGUGCAGCUGCGCGUCAGUGCCCUGCGCCCCUGGGUCAUCCUCUUCUUCGAGCCCAUCGUCACCCUGCUCUCGCUCUUCCUCUCUGUCGUGCACGGCACGCUCUUCCUUCUCUUCGCCGCCCAUCCCAUCGUCUACCAACAAGUUCGCGGCUGGCCACAAGGCGCCGCCUCGCUGCCCUUCCUCGCCAUCGCGCUCGGCGUCGUGCUAGCGCUCGUGUACGUCGCGGCCGUCGACCAGCGCCGCUACGCCCGCGUCGUCGCUGCGCAAGGGGGCGGCUUCGCGCCCCCCGAGGCGCGCCUGCCGCCCGCCAUGCUCGGCUCCGUCGCCCUGCCCAUCGGGCUCUUUUGGUUCGCGUGGACCAACGACCCGGGCGUCUUCUGGCUGGUGAGCGUCAGCGCCGGCUUGCUGUUUGGCUUUGGCAUGGUCCUGCUGUACAUGAGCAUCACCAAUUACAUCGUCGAUGCGUACCUGGGCUAUGCGGCGUCCGCGCUGGCGGCGAGCACCGUGCUUAGGUCCAUUGCCGGGGCUGUGUUCCCGCUCUUUACGGCGCAGAUGUAUGAUUCGCUUGGCAUACAUUGGGCUUCGAGUGUCCCGGGUUUCUUGGCGCUGUUCUUCGUCCCCUGCCUAGUUAUGUUCUACAAGUUUGGCCAUGUUAUCCGGAGGAAGUCGCGGUUCGGUCAGGAGGCUGGCGGGGUUUGCACAGAUGGCGGGUCAGGGAAAUGGGAAGUAGGCCGAGGUCGAGUCGACAGUUUCUUCGUCGACCAGAUCAAGUAG